AACAACUGCAAAUAGUACACAAACAAUAUGGCGUCGAUCACGUCGGAAAACGACGAUUCCGACGACAAUUUAUCGGUUUCCUCGUCGUUGUCGGGGUCGAGCGGCUCGGGGGGCGCCAGCGCGCCCUCCAUAAGGGCCCCCUCGCCAGUGGCGAGCGGUUGGGGCCCCCGGGGGCGGCGCAAUCUCGUCCAAAACCUCCGCGAUCGACAGCUGUUCGGCCGCUUUGCCCGCAGCCCCAGGGCUCCCCUUGAGAGGACGCUUUGCAGGCCGCGCGAGUAUUCUCUGUUGUUGUUGGUUGGCCAGGCCAGUGCACUCGACCACACACUGAUGGGCUUCACGCAAUGCGGCCAGUACAUGCUCAGCUACACGACACGAAGUUGCAACGUCGCAUCCAGCCAUCCGAUCUACUCGCUCAGCUACGAGUACGAGCUCUACGUGUGGCUGUUCAGUCCGGGCGUGCCGCUGCGCCACGUUUCGAAACAUCGCAUCUUCGGGCACUUCAAGUCGUACUGCCCAUUGGAACGCAUCCUUUUCAUGCAGUUCCCCAACGACGCCACCAAGAUCGUCUGUUAUGGAAACGAGUGA